AUGCCCUACCUGUCAGAUGCAAUGGCCAGCCGAUGGCUCGCCAGCCGCCGCGUAGUCGUCGUGCCGGGUGCGAUGAAAUCGGGAACCUGCUCGUUGCGAGGGCAGCUGCAGUGGAUGGCAAAUUGGGACGACCUCUCACUGCCCUCGCAGGAGCUUCAUUUCUUCGAUGAGGACGAGGAAUGGGCCCGUGGUCCUGCAUACUACGCCUCCUGGUUUGAAGACUGUUCGAUAAUCGGCGACGUGACACCGAGCUAUUUGUACAUUCCAGCGGCCAUCGAGCGCCUCGCAGACCAGCUCCCCCAAGCACAGCUUGUGGUGUUGCUUCGGAACCCCAUCGCUCGUGCAGUAAGCCACCAGAAUCAUGACCACGACAAGCACCGCCCCGUCGGCAGCUUGUCGGAGCGUUAUCAGCAGGAGAUGGCAAAUUAUGGCUCCCCUCCCAGCCGCUGGGAUGCCUUCCGCCGGGGCCUCUAUGCAGAGCAGAUGGAACGACUCUUGCAAUUCUUCCCUCCAGACCAGGUGCUGGUGAUCAUCGCAGAACGCUUUCGCAAGCAGCCGGAGAGAGAGCUUCGACGCGUCCGAGCCUUCUUGGGUCUGGAGAGCGUCCGGGUGCCUGCAGAGGCUUUGAUGGAAGAGCAUGUUCGCCAUGAGUACUCGGAGGUGCUGUCUGCCCCGCUGAGGGAGGAGCUGCGCCGCUUCUAUGCUGCCGACGUCCAACAUCUUCGGGGUUUGCUGGGAGAUCCUCUGAAAGACUGGGAUGCAGACUUCUCCACAUUCCGGCCCCCUGUCCUUCUGCGGCCCCGCUGCGUUGUGUCCUGGCGGCCGGGAGGUUCAGAGGCAGAGUCGGAAGUCUCGCGCGAGCUGAGAGGCAAGGGAGGUCGCUACAGGUCGCCAAGCCUGACUUCUUCCGAUGAGUACCGCACGCAUUGGGAGUAUCGUCGAUAA